AAUGUAAAUCAACGGUGAGGGCAGUGUUCAAAAUGGCAGACAGAAAGUCGACGUUCAAGUCAAGCAUCCUUACAAAAAACCUCACAAGAACGAAGGAAAAGGUUCUCUUGAAGCUUGGUAAGGUAGAUGAGACCAGAGAUGCAGCCUUUGACCUCUACGCACAGAACUUUAACCAGCAGCAAGCGGCCGCGUCCAGGUUACAGAAAGAACUCAAGAACUAUGUGUCCUGUGUACGAGCAAUGAGCACUGCCAGCCGGAGUUUACACGAUGCACUAGAGAACAUCUAUGAAUCAGACUGGGUCAAGAGUAGUCAGAUACCUCAAUCCAAAGAAACCCUAGAAUUACUAUGGGAUGAUUACCAGAAGAAACUGAAUGAUCAGGUAGUCAACCCGCUGUUCACGUACCAGUCCAAAUUCCCGGAUGUAAAGAAACGAGUGGAGAAGCGAGGCCGGAAGAUGAUUGACUUUGACAGCGCGAGGCACAACCUGGAGACACUCAAGAAGAAAGAUGAUCUCAAAGCCACCAAGGCGCAAGAAACCUACAAUGAGGCCAAGAAAAUGUAUGAAGACAUCAACAAUGAAAUGCUAGAGGAGCUUCCUGCACUGUAUGACAGUCGCAUUCCAUUCUACGCUACAACGUUCCAGCUCUUCUAUGGUGCUGAGGCCACACUGCAUGAAGAGCUUGGUAAGAUGACGCUAGAGCUCAGUAAUAUCAUGGAAGAGCUCUACGAGGAGACAUCCAAGGGAACCUUUGACAUCAAGAGACUAUCAACCAUCGGAUCUCCAGAUGUUGUUGGCAACGCCCAUCCACCCGGGGUCUCUACCCCCGACAACUCAAUCUAUGAGGUCCAGAUUCCUGAGCAUUACAAUGAGAGGGAGGUGGCCCCACGGCCUGAAGCCCAGCAACAACCACAGCAACAACAGGAAGCAACAACACCAGCAGCAGCAGCAGCAGCUAGGAAUGAGGAGGACGAUGAAGACGAUGCCUUUGAAUAUCAGGUCCCUAGACCAGCAGAAGCAGCACCCAUUGAGAUGAGGGGGACGUCACAGAAUGGGGAGGAAGCACGGGCAGCCCCGCCCCUUGCAUCCCCGGAGACUGUAUCACCUAAUAAAUCCAACAGUGAACUACCGCCUGGCGUUGUUUACAGAGUGAGAGCCACACAUAACUACGUGAGGAGGGACUCUGACGAAUUGACUUUUGAUAAAGGAGACACUAUAGAUGUACUGCAGUUCGAUGAUCCAGAUGAUCAGGAUGAUGGAUGGUCACUUGGAAUAAAGACAACUGAUGGAUCUAAAGGUGUCUUCCCUGACAACUUCACAGUGCGCUUCUGAGCCAAGCUGCAAAUUGUGUCCCCCUAAAACAUGGGCCAGAGAUACAUGUUUCACCAUAGUAAGCAUACAAGCUCAGAGGAAUAAGCUACAAGGGGGUCUCCAGAACAGGGUUAGUACAUAUGCGCUUCUUAAAUCAGAAAGUUUUUGCCCAGAGUAAUAUUGGGAUUGAAAUUGAGAAAGCCAUGCAAUUCAUACUGUUUGUUUCUAAUGGACUAUCAUGCUCCACAACCCUGUUAGGAACAGGGGGGGGGGGGGGGUAUUGUCUCAGCAUUUAUGCGAGGGGUAGUGGGGCUGAAGUAUUAACAGUUGAUUGUCUGUAUAGGAAGUGUAAACAUGUUCAGUAAACUGGCCCUUAAUUCUAAUCUUGUGAUCCAUCUUGAAAAUGUAAAAAAAUGAAAUAUUGAUCAAGUUAAACACUUCAUCAAUAUUUCUUUUCUGUCAUAAAAACCUUGAAGAACGUGAUCACUUUAUAGUUCCCCUCAAGAAUUUCCCAGGAAGUAUUAUAUGUUUUUUUUUUCUGACCAUGACAAUCACUAAAUGAAUGAUAUUGAAUGAUUUUGACAAACAGAAACAUAAUUUUUGUAUGGUAACCUAGAUUUAAAUACUUCCAUGAAGCUACUUGAUAAAUAUGCAUUAUAUUUGGUGGCAGUCCAACUUUCAUGUACUUUCUUAUCAUCAAUAUGAGUCUGUUUCUAAAGAAAGCAAUUUCCUACCAGUAAACAGCAGAGAACAUGCAAUUCUGAUUAGGGGUUUGUUGUAGUUGUAGACCAUUGUAAGAGUGCACGUUUCUGCUCGUGAAGUUUUGGUUUCUGGUCACGAUAUAAAAGAAUAUCCCCUCUUGUUUUAUGAAUGCUGCCUGGUGGGUGUAAUUUAGCUAACACAAGAAAUGCAACAGACAAUGUGUAUGCUUAUCCAAAAGUACUGUUAUAGUAAUAAUUACAAAAAUUAGUUUGUGUAUUAGGACAAGGAACGUAUUUAACUCUUUGAUUGCUGCAAUUUGACCAAUGCAUUUGCACAGGUUUUGGUGAUUUUUUAUGGGGUGUAAAAAUCAUUACUCCAGGGUUCCUGCAAUAAGGAAAAAUCAUGGCUAGAGUUUUUUGAUUUUCUGAAGAGACUUCUUGGCUUGUGAGUAAUUUAAGGAAAGAUGAGUCCAAACUUGACUAACUUGGUUUCCAAUUGUGAGUGAAGAAGUUUGCUGACACAGUUCCACCUUGGAAUGUAAACAAAAAUCCUUCAAUGAAUGGAGUAAAAGAUCUGACUGGAUGUGAUUUUCAGGAUUUUGUCUGUGAGGUUAUAGUAAUAAUUUGUUAGUCCUGGAAAGGUCCACUUUUUAAAACUCUAAACAGCUAAAACUAUGGCGGAGAGUUAGUGAUUCCUUGUAUCAAAACGCCGGAUUAUGUUUCUUACCAGUUGCAUGCAUUGGGAAAGCACUGUGAAUUGCCAGUUUGUGGGCUCUGUGUGUACUGAGAGAGCAAAUUAUAUCCAGAUCAAUGAUAAAUCAGUUAUGUAUCGCAACUGGACUUGACUUGCAUAGAAUGCAUUGUAGUAAGCGAUGGUUGGACACGACUUGUGAACUUUCUGGGACUUGUCUGUGGAGUUUGGUUUCAUUGCUGGUAAUCAGUAGCUUGUUGCUAUCUGUGUAUUACAGUAGCAGGGAGCCAGGACCAUAAUGGCAUACACGUACAUAUUGCUUGGCUAUGCCAGUACUAACACGUGAGUCCAUAGGCGUAUGUGUUAACCCAUUAACCCUAACUCCCUACUGUCUUCUACUAAGUUCAGGACCAAGUCCGUAAAAACCCAUCAAUCCAAUGCAUGCUUUGCUUUAGGCCUCCAAGCCCAAGGUCUUCACACUCCAUCAAUAUUUAGUCAAACCAGGCCUGCAGGACGAAAUCCACCAAACUGGGGUGGGGGGGGGGUGGAUUUUGACAUGUUUGAUGGAGUUGUGGAGGUUAGGGUUAAUUUACUACAUUGUAUUACAUUGUAUUUAUUCACUGAAGAAUCAAUAAAGCCAUUGCUUGGGCAGUUUCAGGCGCAACAGAGAGUUAUAGGCAGGGCGAUUUGGGGCGCUACAUUGCCUAAGGGGUUAAUGUCACCCUUGACCCGGAACCAAGUAAUUCGGAGGCAGUCAUUAAGCUUAUUCACCUAAUAAAUGAGAACUUUUGUGAUCCAACUUGCUGUGAAAUGCACUGACAUUUGUUUGCUGCCCUCAAGAGUUUCAGAGUGUCUUAUUGCAUAUACGGUAUGUGAUGCGAUCAAGCUAAACGAGUCGUUUGUUGGGAAUUUUUAUUUGGAGAUUCAGGCUAAAAUAGGGCCACCUCAUCACAGCACUUCAUCACAAUAGUUUUUUACUAAAGAUGGUAUCAGCAUGCGGUUUUCACAGCAGUAAUGAUGACAUUGUGCGCUUUUUAAAUUUGUAAUAAAAAAUAAAAAAAUUGACCAGGGUCGACAAACAACUCAUGUAGCUUGAUCACAUCACAUAUGUAGAUUUUGUACAUAACUUUUUUUUUAAUAUUUUAAUGCUUUUUGAUAUAUUUCACCAUGUCUCGCUUGUCAGUAUAAAUUUAGCUGGUAGAUAAUAACAAUUUAUGCUUACAUCAUUUUCGGGCAUUACAAACGUAUUGUGGAUUUCAACACUUUAUUGCACUUUAUAUCAGGGCCUACAUUGUUUUCAGGGGUGCAUAUCUCUGUUCCCCUAUGUUCACCAGUACCGAUGUUCCCCGAAAUCCUUACCUUAACCCUAAUCCUAAGGAUUUCUGGGAACAUCGGUAUUGGGGAACAUCAGGUAGACCCCGCUUUCAGAGAGGACCAAUAUGCGGUGGUCUUUCUGUCAUUUGAAGCAUGCAAUGCAAUGGACUGCUAUUGCAUGCAUGAAUAGUAGAUGCUCUCUGUGACCACUUUCAAGUGCUUCAAGGGGAGACACACUCUCUGUGCAUACACUGCUGGUUUGUGCGCAUAUAGCACAAAGCACACAUAGUUGCUUGUCCUGAAUGUGCACGGGCAUUGUCCUGAAUGUGCACGGGCAUUGUCCUGAAUGUGCACGGGCAUUGUCCUGAAUGUGCACGGGCAUUGUCCUAAAUGUGCACGGGCAUUGUCCUGAAUGUGCACGGGCAUUGUCCUAAAUGUGCACGGGCAUUGUCCUUGUGGCUGUAGCAUCUUUGCAUGAAUCUUUCUCCCAGUAGUCCCCCCCCCCCCCCAACUCUCCCUUUCUACCAUUGAGGGGGUACUUGGGCAGGGAGUCCAUAACCCAAAAUUGGUUGGAAGUACCAACCUGCUGUCAUUCAUGCUGAUAUUUAAAUGCCGAGGAUGAUUUUUAUUAUUAUUGUUAUUCUUAUUAUUUUUUGGGGGGGGGGGGGAUAAAUGUUCAUCAUGAAGCAAGAAGACUUAUGAAUGCACUUUAUUACUGCCAAACACAAGGAACAAUGCACAUGGUUGACCUAAGAUUGGUUAUAGGUUUAUUUUUUUGUAUAACGCCACACAAACAACUGCUUACAUUUUUAUAUUUGAGGACGGGAUUACUGUUAUAACAUGUAAAUUUGCUAAAGAUUUCCUGCAGUAUGUGUAAUUAUAUGGUGUGGAUUUUACCUUGAAACUCCUGGUUUUAGAGAAUUUAUAGCAAUGGUAAGUUUCAUACAAUUUUUGGGGGGUGAUUUUUUUUAUUUUUUUUUGUUUUCCUUUUUAAAAAAUUUGAAUUGUGCAUUGAGUAAAGCCAUAUAAACUGUACAUGUAGAUGUAAUGAAAUCAGAAGAAUGUACUGCCACGAUAUUGACUUCAUGGCUGUUAUAAAGCAACUGUGUUUUUGUUUAUUGAACUUGUGUAUUUAUGUGUAAAGCAAUAUCAGUUGUGUGAUGUAGAUUGUCCAUAAUGCACUUAAUGUAAACAAGUGCCUUUAUUUUUUACCCCUCUGCUAGUACUUUUCUUGUUCUUUUUAUUCUUGUGUGCUGUGUAUGGUACUGCUGUAUGAUUCUGAAAUUCUUGUAAUCAGCUGAUAGAUUGACUUGAACUGAUUUAUGCUAUGGUAGCUGGAACCCUGAACUUUUGGUUGUCCUGGAUAGUCUCUUUUCUUUUUUAAUUUGCACCAGUUCUAUUUUUUUAUGACUUGUACUUCUAGAGCUGAGACAAAACUUAACUGGACAAUAAGUGUAUUACUGUGUAGAAUUGCAUGUAACUUCUACUGUAGACAACCUGUAAUGUAGAAUGUCCUAGAGCCUUGAUGAUUUGUGGUCAAAUAGUGGGUUGUUUCCCUUAAGUAAAACCAAGGAUAUGAAUUAUCUGUAUCUCUCCCUAUUAAUCUCUCCCUGAAAACCAUUAACAUCCUUUUUUUUAAGAGAGAGAGAGAGAGAGAGCUGCAAAGCAGAUGAAAUUACAACAAAAUUGCUCUAAGAAACAAUCAGCAGUGACGUAUUAUUAGGGGGGGGGGGAGGGGCACAUGCCACCCCCAGCAGAUGUCUGCACCUCCCAGCCCCCCCCCCCAUUUUUACAAUCCUGAAUAAUAAAAAAGCUCAGUGCCUCCAAUGUCUAUGUGUAAAUGUCACUUGGGCUGGUAACCAUGGUAACCAGAGCAUACUUAAAAGCAAAGCAACCGACCACAUCACCAAGAAAAAAUAUUAAGUAAUCCUAAAGCCCGUCUGACACUACAGACCAUUUUCAUGACAUCAUAAUCCUCAGAAAUAGGAGAUAGUACACUUGUCUGCUUUUGCUUCUCCUUGUUUAUUUCCUUCCCCGAACACCCAUAAUUCUUAGGCAAACUUUGAAUGUACUGAUGAUUUUUUUUUAUUUGAAUGGAAAUUUAAAAUGUAAGCAUACCUUAGUGUCUGUGGUAAACGCAUCCUGUCAAUUCCUGUAUCAGUUAAACUUGUGUAGAUCUGUCAUUAACUUGAAGUCUCUAUUUCAUUUGUACAGAUAAAACAGAACUACCCUGAAGUAGUGCAAAAUAAUAUUUAACAAUAUUCAAUUUAUUUGAUAUACAAAAAUCAGAAUAAAGAAGCUUCAAUGUAUCCAUCACAAUUUUUAUGUGACAUGGAUUAUACAAGCACAA